ACGCCAGUUGAGGCCGAGUCGCCGAUAAGUGUGCAUGUCGAUCGUCGCUCGCUCGCCGAGGUUCGCGCACGCGCUCUCGCGAUCUUAACAACGCAACUAGCCCGACAAAACUGAAAACUCAUUCGUUCAACGCAAAUAAACUGACAGUGACAUUUUGUGGGAAUAUGUGACAGGAUUUGUUGUGAUGUAGAUUUUGCUUUUGUUUGGUGAUUAUCAAAAUUCUGUGUGCCGCUACAAAUGAACCCGUGAAUACUGACCCGCAGAAGUGAUAAAAGGUGUUGUGUUCAUUUGAACAUGGGACCGACUGGUGCAGGGUAGCGCGAUGAUGCGCAAGGACAGUGCCGGCGCCCCCGGCGGGACCGAGGUCUCGCUGGACGCAGCCGAGUGCCUCACUCUCCAGCAGAUACUUCAAGCCUUCAACUCCAAUAUAAGCGAGGAGCACGCCUGGGCUCUCUUCUACCAAGCCUCGCGUUGCUAUCAGAAAUGUCUCGAAGAAGGAAACGCAUACUACUUGCCGACCGAGCUGGAACAUGUUUUGAUACAUAAAGAUGGGACGGUUCAUCCUAGCACGUUGCUGCAGACGAGGGGUGACAGCACGAGAGAGAAGGUCAAGUCCGAAAAUGAGUUGGUGGUGAACCUAGCGAUGGUGGUGUACCACGCGCUUGACUACACGCACGGUGAGGACGAGGAGCGGCUCAUCUCGCCCGACCUGGAGGGACUCAUCACUGAGAUGACGUCGGGGAACAUCGCUGAGGACGAUGAGGAGUGUGGAGUACUGUCGGAGGAGUCGGAGACGUCGGAGGGUGGUCGAGCUGAUACUGAUGAUGAGGGCAUAGAAAGAGACUCAGAGCCAGCGCCGCGGAGGAAGAGGCCCGUUCGACUGUUUAUGCUUAAGGAUGUUAUUGAGCGGUGUGUGUGGCACUGCGGCGGCGGCGGCGGGCGGCUGGCGCGCGAGGCUGCCGCCGGCCACUACCGCGCCGUGUGCCGCGCGCUGGUCGCGGAGGCACUGGAGCUGGCGUCCUUCCUCGCGCGGGUGCGAGUUGGAGGAGCAAGAGAUCUCGGCGCCGCUGAGGACUCCGCGACGCAUCUCGACACGCUGCAGUUUAGUGACUGGACUAACAGACGGAUUUGGAGAGCCUUACAAGCGCGGUUUUGGAUGCAAGUCAUCGGUGAACUACGGAUGGGAGUGAAGUUAAAGAAAGUGAACUAUUCAAGGACACCUAUCGAAUAUGAGCUGACACCCUAUGAAAUACUGAUGGACGAUAUAAGAUCAAGAAGAUAUACGUUGCGUAAGGUAGAUGGAGCGAUGAUACCUCAAAGUGUCAAGAAGGACGCGCAUGCGAUGAUUCUCGAAUUUAUUAGAAGUAGACCGCCACUGAAAAAGGCAUCAGAGCGUAAGCUGCCGCCACCUCGUCGCGACUGCACGCCGCGCGAGAGGCUGCUGAAGUCCAUAGAGGCUGGCCGGCCGCUGCGGAGGACGCAGUUCACGAGGACGCUCACGACAAGCGGCGGCAGCGUGGCGAGCGAAACGCGGCGUGGCGAGGUGACGCCGCACGCGCCGCCGCAGAGGCGACUCAUCAAGGUGGACUUCGACAACCUAGAGGACGACGACGACGAGGACGACACCGAAACCUGUAUCAGCCCAGAACCGUGUGCACCGCAACCUUUCCCAAGGCACUCGGUGUCACAGCAACCAGCCCCGAAACCUUGGAAGAGAACCGCAGCGGAAGCCCCGCGCGCGCCGCCCCGGACUCGUAUCACGCACCACGAGUACCACCAGUUCUGCGACGAGACCCUCGAAUCGUACGACUUGGCGACGCAGUGUCCGUCGCGACGGGCGUCGAUGCGGCGACACACCGUCACGCACGCCGUCUGCCCCACCAUUGAUGGAGCUCAGUCUUUACCACACUCGAGGCCGGGUUCGCGAGCAUCGUGCGCGGGCGCAACGUCGAUCGCGAGCAGCGACGCGGACGGCGCGCUCGGCGAGCUCUCGUGGUCGCGAUCCUCGCUGCAGGACGAGCUCAUCAAGUCGGUUAGUGGCAGCCCUAGUCAUGCGCACAAACAAUGGCAAGACGCCAUCAUGUCUGAUGAUCGGCUCUCUCUGACGUUAGAAGAAAUUGUGCACAUACGAUCUGUACUGACUAAAGCUGAGCUUGAAGUUCUUCCUGUCGAAGGCAGAGUCAAAGAGGACGUUGAAAAGAGACGGGUAUGCUUCCUAUGUCUGAAGACGAGGUUCGGUAUAUUCGGCCCUUGGGGACAGAAGUGCAAGUUGUGUAAAAAGACUGUCUGUCAAAAAUGUUGCUCCAAGAUGCGUAUCCCGACGGAGCACUUCGCUCACGUGCCCGUGGUGCUGCUGAGCCCGUCGCUGCUGCCGUCGCCGGAUGACGAGCAGAACUCCACCUUCCCUCGCAGCCUCAUGUCGCGACUACUGUCACCCGAACAUAGUGGCGCGGUAGAAAACACAGUCGGCAGCGCGCCGAACAGCCCUGUGCCAGCGCGGCGCGCGCCCGUCGCGUCCGCCCCGACGUCGCGCGGCCCGUCCGCACUAGGGUUCGUGGACCGCUCGCAGGACGGACCCGGCAGUAUGCCCUGCGUCACCACGCCUAUGUCUACCUUGGAACGCAGAGCUCGUCUAGGCCGCAGCGUGACGGGCGUGGCGGGCGCGUGCGCGGCGGAGCGGCUGCGCGGCGUGCAGAUGGCGGUGUGCCACGACUGCAAGGCCAUGGUGCUGCAGAUCAUCAAGUCCUCGCGCGCCUCCCGCUCCGCCAUCCGCGACCGCGCGCUCCGACACCUCACCCUAGACCUCGCGCCCGUCUACACUGCCGACUGCUGAAUUGUCAUUCCCAAUUCGAUUCGGAUUUGACAGAUACCCAUCAGCCAAUAAAAGGUCGCCGCGCCUGGUAUAUGGCCAAUAACGUUUCCGAAUCCGAGUCGAACGGGAAUUCUGAAUCAUCCCGAUAAUGUGACGUCACGCACGCUGAAACCACCGAAUAACAGAUGGCGCUUACGUCGCUCUACUCCGCUGUCCCGGUGAUGGCACCCCACGAUUGCUCCUCGAACAUUUCAUCUCGUAGAAAUAUUUUAGAUUCAAUAAUUUGUAUGAGCUUCCGGUGUUGUAGCCGCGGUUAGGUUCACUCCGAAUUUGGUAGGCGAACGUAAGUACUUUUGACAAUACUCUAUGACCAUUGGCAGAGAGAUCGCUUUAUUUUCCGCUCGUCGCACAAACGAUCCUCCCGAUGUUGAUAUUAUAGAAAAUAUUUACAGAACAACCGUUAAUUCGAAUAUAUUCACGCAGAGUAUUAGGUAAUUUUAUAAUAUAAACUAACCCACGAAACUAAUGAAAGUAUUAUAUUAUAUAUCACGCAUGUGCGUUAUAGAUUUAUUAUAUUUUUUCCAAAUAUAGAAUUUAUAUGUCUACAAUUUGAAUGUAAUUCGAUAAUCUGUGUUCAAAAAAAUAUUACUAUGAAGUAUGAAUGUUAUCGCGUUAAAAGUAUCAAUGUUAACUAGACUCGAGACUUUAUUCUUAUAGAUACAUAAUAAAUAUAUCUCCUCAGUGUAAUAAUACCAUUUGCAUGACUCUUUUCGUUGUAUGUCAGUCGUUUACCGAUGUAUAGUGCGCUCGCUUUAACUUGAUACUUAUACCCUGUGCCAUAUCGCAACUCAUUCGUUCAUUAACUCAGGUGCACUUUUCAUUCGUCGGUCUAUCUGUGGAGUUCGGUUUAAGUUAAGUAUUUAUUUGCUAGGUAGAAUUCUCAAAUGCAUUUCGUAUCGAUACGAGCACAUCAUGUUGAUCAGUUAUUUCAUUGUAUCGAUAAAAAUUGUAUUCUUGAGCACAUGUCGGGACCUACGAACGAGUGA